AGCCACUCGCUUCCCUCCUCGUUCUUUGGCGCUCUGCUCUUCCUCCCGGCAUCUUCCUCCCCGGGCAUCUUCAUCUUCCUCCCCCGGGCAUCUUCCUCCCCGGGCAUCUUCCUCCCCGGGCAUCUUCAUCUUCCUCCCCCGGUAUCUUCCUCCUCCGGCAUCUUCCUCCCCGGGUAUCUUCCUCCCCCGGCAUCUUAUUCCUCCCCCGGCAUCUUCCUCCCUCGGUGUCUUCUUCCUCCCCCGGCAUCUUCAUCUUCCUCCCCGGGCGGCUCCCGAGCCCCGGCAGCCUCCGGCAGCGCCCAUGCUGAGCACGGCAAGUUUCUCAGGGCCGAGAGCCCUGCGAGAGGAAUCGCUGCAGAUGUGGGACCUCAACAAGCGGCUGGAGGCGUACCUGGCCCGCGUGAAGUUCCUGGAGGAGGAGAACGAGGUGCUGCGAGCCGAAAUCCAGAGCAGCAAGAACAGCCCGGCCGGGGACUCGUGGCGGGUCAAAUACGAGGAGGAGCUGCGAGCCCUGAGGGAUGCGCUGGAUUGCGCCUUCAGGGAGAAGUGCUCGGCCGAGCUGGCCAGGGACAACCUCUACGAGGAGGUGCAGCAGGUGAAAAGCAGGUGCCAGAAGGAGCAGGUAGCUCGAGAAGAAGCUAAGAAGCAGCUGUCCUUGAGCAGGAAGGAGCUGGAGGAGGAGAGGAGAGCGCAGAUCUGGCUGAAGGAGAGAGCUGUGCAGCUGGAGAAGGAGGUGGAAGCCUUGCUGGAGGUGCACGAGGAGGAGAAAGCGGGGCUGGACCAGGAGAUCGCCACUUUCUCCCACAGCCUGGAGAGCUUCCGCUGUGCCCCGGUGGCUUUCCAGCCGGUGGAGGUGGAGGAUUACUCCAAGAGACUCUCGGAGAUCUGGAAAGGGGCGGUGGAGACCUACAAGACGGAGGUGUCGCAGCUGGAGGGUUCCCUCUGCCAGGCCAAGGAGAACCUGUGGAAGGCGGUGGAGGACAACCAGCAGAGCCAGCUGCAGCUGCAGCACCUGGAGAAGGAGCUGGCGGGGCUGAAAGCUCGGAAGGAGAUGCUGGAGGAGAGCCUGGCCCGGCAGUGGCAGGAGCAGCGAGGGGAGGCAGAAAAGUUCCAGCUGGCGAUGGAAGCCCUGGAGCAGGAGCAGCAGAGCCUGAGGGCGCAGAUCGCCCGGGUGCUGGAGGACAGGCAGCAGCUCAUGCACCUCAAGAUGUCCCUGAGCCUGGAAGUGGCGACCUACAGGACGCUGCUGGAAGCGGAGAGCACCCGCCUGCAGAUGCCCGCCGGGGAAUUCAGGUUGGCCAACGGUGUGCGAGAUCUCAAACUGGAGCUGAGCAGCAGCAGCGGCAGCAAAGUGGUGCCAGCGGGGAGGGGGCAGCCGGCAAAACCCCAAAGCGACACCCUGAGCCCCAAAAGCCCCAGGGAGGUGCAGAAAAUCACCUCAGUCCUCCAGGGCACGGCCAGCAGCCGGGUUGGGGUGUCGGGAGCCCCUGGGUGCCCCUCACCCAGCCCACCCCAGGCUGGCAGAGCCGCCCCUCUGCUCUCCCCAGAGCCCCCCAACCCCUCAGCGCCGGGGCAGGAGAGCUCUGGGGGAGAGGGUCCCGCCUGGCCGGGAGGAGAUGGAGCAGCGAUCAGCCCGGGGAUGGAGUGUCCCCUGUCCCGAGCCUCGGGGGACACUGGCAGUGCCACCCCCGGGGCUGCCCGCAGGCUGCGGUACCCGGCCCGGCUGGUCAGCGAGGCGCUGGAGGACGCGCUGAAGGAGAUGGGAGAUGAUGCUCAGCCCAAAGAGGAGCCCACAGCCAGCUCCACAUGGGAUCUCUGUGCCCCCAGCCCCAUUUUCCCCCCCGAGGUUUGUGGGGAGGCUGUGUCCGAGGAGCCCUCAGGGGGUUCUGAGGCUGGAGAGAGCCCCGAGGCAGAGCAGAGGGAUGGGGAGGUCCUGCUCCAGGGGUUGGAUGUGGGGAGAAGCAUCCUGCAGCACACAGAGGGGUCCCUGAGUGCCUCGGCCAGCCGGGAAGAUCUGCGAGCGUGGGAGGAAGAGGAGGAGGAGGAGGAGGAGGAGGAGGAGGAAGAGGAGGUACCUGCUGUGCUGAGCCCAAGAUAUCCAGAAGUGGAGGCUCAGGAAAGGGACAAUGGUCCUGCUGGGCAGGCAGUGAGCAGCUGGGAAAAGGCAGAGCAGGAAAGGACACAGACCCCAAGCCCAGAGCCUUCACAGCCCUCAGAGGAUGAGGAGGAGGAGGACAAGGGAGAUUUCCAGGAAGAAGCAGCAGAUGUGCAAGAAGAGGAGUGUUCACACAGAGAAGUGGAAGCUGUCGCUGCUGUCCUUGUGGAAAGGCACCUGGUUUUGCCCACAGAAGGUCACCUGGAAGAGGAUUUUGUUGGUGCAGAGCAGGAAAGGUCUGAGCAGCAGAAAAUGCCUCUGUGUGAGACGGAUCUGGCUGCAGAGAAGGAGAGGGGACAGGAGCUGCGUCCAGAGCUGAAGGCCUCAAGUGUCCAUGAGGCCAUCCCAGCAGAGGAGGCUUCCACAGGAGAUGCUGUGGGAGGGGAGGACACGGACAGAGUGGGAGAUGGUGAGGGAGAAAAGGGAGAGGCCGGCAGGGAGGUGCUGGGAGGAGAAGAUCGUGGGGUAGGGCAGGACCCCAUGGCAGGAGAGGACCUCACGGCAGGAGAAGACCAUGGGGCAGGAGAAGACCAUGGGGCAGGAGAAGACCAUGGGGCAGGAGAAGACCAAGGGGCAGGAGAAGACCACGGGGUAGAAGACUCUGAGACAGAAGAGGAGCAAAGGAUAGGAGAAGACUCUGAGGCAGGACAAGACCAUGGGGCAGGAAAAGGCUCCGAGGUAGGAGAAGACCAUGGGGCAGUAGAAGAGCAAGGGGCAGAAGGCUCCAAGGAAGGACAAGACCAUGGGGCAGGAGGAGACCAUGGGGCAGGAGAAGACCAAGGGGUAGAAGACUCUGAGGCAGAAGAGGAGCAAGGGAUAGGAGAAGACUUUGAGGUAGGACAAGACCAUGGGGCAGGAGAAGAGCAAGGGGCAGAAGGCUCCAAGGAAGGACAAGACCAUGGGGCAGGAGAAGGUUCUGAGGAAGGACAAGACCAUGGGGCAGGUGAAGGUUCUGAGGAAGGACAAGACCAUGGGGCAGGAGAGGCUGUGGGAGGUGCCACCCCAGAGGGGGAGAGCAGAGCCCCAGAGGAGCCCGAGGACCUGCAGGAAAGAGAGGGAGGAGAACAGCAGGAGGAGGAAGAGGAGCCCUGGGGACGGGGGGAUGAUGGCCAAGAGCCCUGUCCAGAGGACUGGGAGGUGACAGCAGAGGACUCAGAGGGACUUUUGGGGCCAGAAGAGGCAGCCUGGGCAGAGGACACCCCCAGCAGCGCAGGAAGGCUGCACAGCGAGGAGACACACGGCGCAACGCCAGCAGAGCUGGAGGAAGGCCAGGAGGAUGAUGAAGGCGAUGCCAAGAGCCAGGAGAUGAGGCAGCAGCGGGCACUGCCAGAGGAUGAGCCAGCAGCAGGGCUGGCAUGGCUGGGCAGCAUGGCAGAGCCUGACCCAGCACCUCCAGGUGUCCCCGAGCGAGGGCACAGGCAGGAGAUGGCCGAGGUGCAGGAGGAGAUGGAGGAGGAGCUGCAGGAGGAGCUGCAGGAGGAGCUGCAGGAUGAGGACACCACCGAGGGGCUCAGCCCAGGGCUGGAGAAGCUGCAGAGCUCCGAGCUGGUGGCACUGAAGCAGGUGCCAGGUGCCAGUGGUGAGUGGGCACUGGAGGAGCCCCCCAAGGACCUGGAGGCCACCACGGGCAGCAGCAGGAGGGUGGAGCUGGAGGACACGCUGCCGGACAGCACAGCCCUGCUCCUCUACAGAGAGGAGGUGCUGGGUGUGGGGACAGCCAGCCCAAACCCUCCAGAGAGCGAGGAGACCUCGGAGACAGCACCCACGAGUGGCACAGCUCAGGAGGGUGACGGGUGGCUGCAGGAUGGGGACAAGCCACCCACUCCCACCGUGCCAGACAGCCCCGAAGAGGAGGCAGGGGCAGAGGGGGCUGAGGAGGAGGAAGGUUAUUUCAUGGUCUCUGCUCCCAGCCAAGAGGAAGCUGAGAUCUCCGAGGACUUUGAAGAAAUUAAAGUUGAAGCAACUGAAGGCAGCCGAGAUGAUCUGAGGGCUCCUGGAGAAGCAUCUCCAGCGCCAGAGGGCAAAGAGCAGCUCGAGGUGCUUGCUGCAGAAGCAGAUGAGGAUGUGGAGAUGCCCACUGAAGAAGAAUCUGAGGUGCCAAGGGAUGAGGACAACACUGCUGAGCUGGAGGAAGGCCCAGAAGAAGAUCCAGGCUGCCUCGGGGUGGUGGCACCAUCAGCAGGAGGUCCUGAUGAGCCACCCCAGGGUGCCACAGGCACGGCAGCUUUGGAGGCACCAGACCCCUCUGAAAGUCUGGCUGCUGGAUCUGUGGAGCUCCAGCACACAGCUGAGCUGGAGAGGGAUGCCAGGGCACCAACAACCGUCCCGGGCUUGGCAGGGCGGGAGGAGCAGGAGGAAGAGGAGGAUGAGCCCAGCACGGCUCUCCAUGGCAUGACCAAGGCCACCCCUCCAGAAGAGCAGCCUCUGGAAGAGCAGACACCCACGGAGGAGGAGGAGGCACUCGGCAGUCAGAGCCUUCCUCCCCCUGGGAACGGGCAGGGAGGUCUUCCAGAGGCGAUCCCAGACAUUCCUGACCCACCUGUCCUCCCUGCAGACGUGCCAGGGGAUCUCAUGAAGGACUCAGAUAUUUUGGAAAUAGUCGAGCAGGCCCUGGAAUUCAACCAGGAGCUGGUGGGGGUGAGGCUGGCAGAGGGUGGGCAAGGUCCUGGCAGGAGUGAGGUCCUCCAGGAUGCAGGAGAAGAGUCCUCGUGUGCCUCAUCCAGCGAGGAGGAGCCAACGGUGCAGGAGGCACCGGAGAUGGAGAAUGGUCUGCACCGCCAGGCCAGCCUGGAAGACCUGGCUGAGUUCACUGAGGAGCUGCUGAACGGCACCACCAGCACAGCCCCAGCUCAGGAGAUGCCCACAGACACCACAGAGCCCUCGCUGGGGAUGCCAGAGCAGCCCCCCAGCCCUGGGGAUGGCACUGCCACCAAGCUGGGGGAUGGCACCCCGAGGGGGAAGCGUGCUGGAGCCGAGCCCAGCGCCGUGCCCCCUGCUCUGGGGGAGGAUGUUCUGUGCCUCCCACCCGGGCUGAGGGCUGAGCACCAGCCCUGGUCCUCAGGGGACGAGUGACAGCAGCCAGGGGCAUCCUUCUGGUACCCCCUUCCUGCCAAAACCCGGUACCUCCACUCGUCCCAGCCCUCUCCUGAUGCUUCCCCAGCUCCUUGAGGUUUUUACCAUGUUUGUGUGGAUUUUUUGCACCCUUUCUCAGAGUGAAGGAGCACCGAGUUGUCCCCCUCUGCAGCCCACCCAAAUUCGCAUGCUUGCUCUGGGACCCCUGCUUCAUUUUGGGUUUCCUCCUGGGCGGGUUGCCGUGGCUGUAUUUAAUUUAAACUCUGUGUUUGCCCAUUUUCUGCAAUCCUCCCCCUCCAGCUCCCCCAGUAUUUGUCCCAGGAGGUCCAGCUGGGGGUUAGGGACCCCCCCCCCUCCCCCAAACUGCACCCUGGGACUCAGAAUUUUGGGUACAUCACCCCAGGGUCCCCAGCCCCAACCCGACACGGGGGGCUGAGCCACACUGGAUGUAUCCACUGCCUCGACAUUAAUUUAAUAAAACCUCAUCCUCCCA